GUCCACCACGACAUUUCCACAAUAUCGAUCAUUUGGACUGACUAUGAGAUCAAUCCCUGAUUUGACUAAUUGAGUAUAAUUGUAUCCAUUCAUUAUCGGUCUCUUGAGUUUCAAUCUAGGUGAUUCCACUAUAAUUUAAACACAUAUUUAUAAAAUAAUUUCCAUUUUUUUAAUCCAUAUCCGUAACCGUAAAACUUAUAUAUAGUCAGAGAAAAAAAAAAGGCCUAAUGAAAAGAGAGGUUGAAGAUAUAUUAGCAAAAUUGGAUGCAAGAGUGUAUGUUGAAGUGAUUAAUUAAAUUAGAAGACGCGACGCGGGUUUAUGUUUGUUUGUUCCAAUUCGAAAUUCGAAAUUCGAAAUCGAAUCGAAUCGAAGCGUGGAGUUGAAGAAGCUUUGUUUCUUCAGUUACUAGUAAAACGUUUAAGAUAUAGGUUUUAGUUUUAGUGAGAUUGUAAGAUCAUAGAUAGAUUGAAUAGAAUGGCGAUGGCAGGGGUGUAUCGACGCCUUCUUCCUUCUCCCCCUUCCGUUGAUUUUGCUUCCUCCAAUGGCAAGCAACUUUUCCUUGAAGCCAUUCAAAACGGAACCAUGGAAGGCUUUUAUAGGUUGGUCUCUUAUUUUCAAACGCAAUCCGAGCCCGCCUUCUGUGGCCUCGCCAGUCUCUCCAUGGUCCUCAAUGCUCUUGCCAUUGAUCCUGGCAGGAAAUGGAAAGGACCUUGGAGAUGGUUUGAUGAAUCCAUGUUGGACUGUUGCGAACCCUUAGAAAUGGUCAAGGCUAGAGGCAUCUCAUUUGGGAAAUUGGUGUGCUUGGCUCAUUGUGCUGGGGCCAAAGUUGACGCCUUUCAUGCAAGCCAGAGCAGUGUUGAUGAUUUUCGUAAAUACGUCAUCAAGUGCUCAACUUCUGAUGAUUGUCAUGUAAUCUCAUCAUACCACAGAGCUGCUCUUAAACAACCAGGAACUGGUCACUUUUCUCCUAUUGGAGGCUAUCAUGUUGGAAAGGACAUGGCACUAAUUUUGGAUGUUGCGCGUUUUAAGUAUCCUCCCCACUGGGUUCCACUUACACUUCUUUGGGAAGGCAUGAAUUAUAUUGAUGAAUCCACCGGACAAUCCAGGGGGUUCAUGCUUAUAUCAAGGCCGCAUAGGGAACCUGGCAUGCUUUAUACUCUGAGCUGCAAGCACGAGAGUUGGAAUAGUAUUGCAAAAUUCCUAAUCGAUGAUGUUCCUUUUCUAUUAAAAUCAGAGGAUGUGAAAGACAUUCAUAAGGUUCUUUCAGUUAUAUUCACAUCACUGCCAUCUAAUUUUGAAGAAUUCAUCAAAUGGGUUGCAGAGAUCAGGAGGCAAGAGGAUGGCGGUUCAAUAAGUGAAGAGGAGAAAACAAGGCUCGCUGUCAAGGAAGAGGUAUUGGGACAGGUGCAGGAGACAAGGCUUUUCAAACACGUGGCCUCUUUUCUGUCAAGUUCAUGUGGCAGACAGACACUAACUUCAGGUGAAGGAGAUGCCUUACCUGUCAUUGCUGCAAGUGUUUGUUGCCAAGGAGCAGAAAUUUUAGGUGGAAAACUUAGCUCAUUGUCAGCGUAUUGCUGUCCAGAAACAUGUAUGAAAUGCUGGAAAGCUGAAGAUGACAAAUCAAUAACAAUGGUCAGCGGGACUGUGGUAAAUGGUAACACCGAGCAAGGUGUUGAUGUGUUGAUUCCUUCAUCAUCCGGGAAAUUAUGUUGCACAUGCUCUAGCAAAAAGAACAUUAGGAUGCACCCAGCUAGCACGGAUGUGCUGACAGUGCUUAUACUGUCCUUACCAUCUACAACAUGGGCUGGCAUCACAGAUCAGCAGCUUUUGAGGGAAAUACAUGAUCUGGUUUCAACUGAAAAUCUUCCUACUUUGCUUCAAGAAGAGGUUCUGCACUUAAGACGUCAGCUACAUAUUCUGAAGAGAUGUCAAGAGGGUAAGGUAGACGAGGAUCUUGGUGCUCCUAUCUCUUAGCAUCUCUCAUCUCUUAUAUCAUGUUUGGAUUCAUGUCUACAAGAUCUCUCUGUGCUGCUAGUAAACCGUCCAAGUUGUAGCUUUUGCUUCAACUCAAAUUGCCUCCACGGAAACACAAGUUUCUAAACACACGCUUAAUUACCCAUAUCGAGGUUGAGCAUGUACGCAAGGGUUUUGACUAUUAGUCUAUGUUACAUAAUUUGAAACUCGCUCAAUUUGAUUUGUUUCAUUACACGUUAAAUUGGGAUUACCCAUUUAGUGCAAAUAUGUUAGAUGAUUCAUGACAAUAUUUAGAAGAUAGUAUUAUGUCAAUGAAAGCUUGAAACGGUGAGAGGAAUCAACCUUUGUUUGAGAGAAAAGGACACCAACUAAACCUUCUAUUUCUUUUGAAAAAUAGAGAAGAUCCAACAUGGAAAAUAUAUUCUUAAUUUA